ACAAGUUCCUGCUAAAAGUGAAAUUACACCCUCUGGUUUAAAUUCCGAUACAAACUUCUUACUUAGUUCACAUUACUAUUUUUUCCCUUCUAGGUUAAGCACAUGGAAAUUUGUUUGGCAAAUCAUUUUACAGCACUAUUUCCAUUAGUUACUUCCACGAGCUGGGGUUUAUCUGAUUGUGUGGUGCAUGGAAACUUCAGGACAAAAUUCAAUGGCCGAAGGCUGAGUGAAAUUUACGCUGGCUGUGGUUAUGAAGAGGAUUGAUGGUUGGUACAUCCUGGAGUCCAUCUGCCUGGCACUCAGUUCGAAGGGGUUCUCAAUCCAAGAAGCUCUGUAGAGAAAAUGGCAAAUGUCGAUCUGGAGUCUGGAAAUAAGAUUAUACUUACCUAUUUGAUGCAUUCUAGUGUUGUGGAUUUCAAGGCCCAGAAAUCCUGGAUUGAAGGAAUAUUUGACAAGAGAGAAUGUAACAAAGUCAUACCCAGCUCAAAAGUUCCUCACAGGUGUGCUCCAAUAUGCCAGGUCUGCCAGAAUUUAAUCAGGUGUUACUGUGGCCGGCUGAUUGGAGAACAUCCUGGAAUAGAUUAUGCCUGGACCAUCUCAGCUGCCAAGAGUAGUGAAAAUGAACAAUGGUCUGUUGAAAAGCAUACAACAAAAAGCCCUACAGAUGCCUUUGGCACCAUUAAUUUCCAGGACGGAGAGCAUACCUACCAUUCCAAGUAUAUCAGAACUUCUUAUGAUACAAAAUUGGAUCAUCUGUUACAUUUAAUGUUGAAAGAAUGGAAAAUGGAACUGCCCAAGCUGGUGAUCUCUGUCCAUGGGGGCAUCCAGAACUUUAAGAUGCCCUCCAAGCUUAAAGGGAUCUUCAGCCAAGGUCUGGUCAAAGCCGCAGAGACGACGGGAGCGUGGAUAGUAACCGAAGGCAUCAACACCGGAGUGUCCAAGCAUGUUGGAGAUGCCCUGAAAGCUCAUUCCUCUCAGUCCUUGAGGAAAAUCUGGACAGUUGGAAUCCCUCCUUGGGGAGUCAUUGAGAACCAGAGAGAUCUUGUUGGAAAAGAUGUGGUGUUUCUGUACCAGACUCUGGGUAACCCCCUCAGCAAGCUCACCACACUCAACAGCAUGCACUCUCACUUCAUCCUCUCUGACGACGGCACUGUGGGCAAGUAUGGAAACGAGAUGAAGCUCAGGAGGAACCUGGAGAAGUACCUCUCCCUGCAGAAAAUACACAGCCGUUCAGGACAAGGCGUGCCCGUGGUGAGGCUGGUGGUGGAAGGAGGUCCCAAUGUCAUCCUCGCAGUGUGGGAGACCGUCAAGGACAAGGACCCGGUGGUGGUGUGCGAAGGCACAGGCAGGGCUGCGGACCUCCUGGCCUUCACCCACAAACACUUAGACGAAGGGAUACUGCGUCCUCAGGUGAAGGAGAAGAUCAUCUGCAUGAUUCAGAACACUUUCAACUUUAGUCUUAAACAGUCUAAGCACCUUUUCCAAAUUCUAAUGGAGUGCAUGGUGUACAGGGAUUGUAUUACCAUAUUUGAUGCUGAUUCUGAAGAGCAGCAAGACCUUGAUUUAGCAAUCCUGACAGCUUUGCUGAAGGGCACAAAUUUAUCAGCAUCAGAACAAUUACAUUUGGCAUUGGCUUGGGACAGAAUGGACAUUGCCAAGAAACAUAUCCUCAUUUAUGGACAACACUGGAAGCCUGGUGCGCUAGAACAAGCAAUGUUAGAUGCUUUAGUGAUGGAUCGGGUGGAUUUUGUGAAACUCUUAAUAGAAUAUGGAGUGAAUCUCCAUCGCUUUCUUACCAUACCUCGGCUGGAAGAGCUCUAUAAUACAAAACAAGGACCUACUAAUACGCUCUUGCAUCAUCUUGUUCAAGAUGUAAAACAGCAUACCCUUCUCUCAGGCUACAGAAUAACACUGAUCGACAUCGGAUUGGUGGUGGAAUACCUCAUUGGUAGAGCGUAUCGCAGCAGCUACACGAGGAAAAGUUUCAGAGCCCUCUACAACCACCUCUACAGAAAGCAUAAGAGAAUGACCAGCUUUGCUCAAAACCUUUCCCAGCACCGAAAGCGCCACUUAGGAAACAGAAACGAGUCCACGGAGAGUGCAUUGCAUUCCCAGUUCAUUAGAACUGCCCAGCCGUACAAGCUCAAGGAAAAGUCUGCAGUCCUUCAUAAAUCAUGGAAGAAGUCAGAAGUAGGACAAAAUAUAUCAGACGAUCUCGAGUCGACUGGCUUCAUUUACCCUCACAACGACCUGCUGGUUUGGGCUGUGCUGAUGAAAAGGCAGAAGAUGGCCAUGUUUUUCUGGCAGCACGGAGAGGAGGCCACGGUGAAGGCGGUGAUUGCUUGCAUCCUCUACCGAGCCAUGGCCCACGAAGCCAAGGAGAGCCACAUGGUGGACGAUGCCUCGGAAGAGUUGAAAAACUACUCAAAACAGUUUGGCCAGCUUGCCCUGGACCUGUUGGAGAAGGCGUUCAAGCAGAAUGAGCGAAUGGCCAUGAAGCUGUUGACAUAUGAACUCAAGAACUGGAGCAAUUCCACCUGCUUGAAACUAGCCGUGUCCGGAGGGUUGCGGCCCUUCGUUUCACAUACUUGCACCCAAAUGCUACUGACAGACAUGUGGAUGGGGCGCCUGAAAAUGAGGAAAAACUCUUGGUUAAAGAUCAUUAUGAGUAUUCUUUUACCUCCCACCAUUUUGACAUUGGAAUUUAAAAGCAAAGCCGAGAUGUCGCAUGUUCCCCAGUGUCAGGACUUCCAGUUUACGUGGUAUUCCGGUGACCAGAACCCCAGCGGUUCCAAAGAAAACGCUUAUGCGAAAGACUGUGAUGUGGAAAGGGGCCCUGAUGAGAAGCUGAGUGAAAAUCAGCACUUGGAUUUAGAGAGUGGGCCCCAGAGCCUUCCAUGGACUAGAAAGGUCUAUGAGUUCUACAGUGCUCCGAUUGUCAAGUUUUGGUUUUAUACGAUGGCAUAUUUGGCCUUCCUCAUGCUGUUCACCUACACGGUGCUGGUGGAGAUGCAGUCCCAGCCCAGUGUGCAAGAGUGGCUCGUCAUCAUUUACAUCUUCACCAACGCCAUUGAGAAAGUCAGGGAGAUCUGUAUUUCAGAACCUGGGAAGUUUACUCAAAAGGUGAAGGUAUGGAUUAGUGAAUACUGGAACCUAAUAGAAACGGUGGCAAUUGGCCUAUUUUCAGUUGGUUUCGGUCUUCGGUGGGGUGAUCCUCCUUUUCACACAGCAGGAAGACUAAUCUACUGCAUAGACAUCAUUUUCUGGUUCUCACGCCUGCUGGAUUUCUUUGCUGUGAACCAACAUGCAGGUCCAUAUGUGACCAUGAUUGCAAAAAUGACAGCAAACAUGUUUUACAUUGUGAUCAUGAUGGCUAUAGUCCUGCUGAGUUUCGGAGUGGCGCGCAAGGCCAUCCUGUCGCCAAAGGAGGCGCCGUCCUGGAGCCUAGCCCGAGAUAUUGUAUUUGAGCCAUACUGGAUGAUAUAUGGAGAAGUCUAUGCUGCAGAGAUAGAUGUUUGUGAAAGCCAGCCGUCUUGCCCACCCGGAGCUUUUCUUACUCCAUUCCUGCAAGCUGUCUACCUCUUUGUGCAAUAUAUCAUCAUGGUGAACCUGCUGAUUGCUUUCUUCAACAACGUUUACUUGGAUCUGAAAUCCAUCUCAAACGAGCUGUGGAAAUACAACCGCUAUCGCUACAUCAUGACCUACCACGAGAAGCCCUGGCUUCCACCCCCUCUGAUUCUCCUGAGCCACUUGAGCCUCCUUCUCCGCCGCCUGUGCCACCACCCAGCGCCCAGUGACCAAGAAGAGGGCGAUGUGGGACUAAAACUCUACCUGAGCACAGAAGAUCUGAAAAAACUCCAUGAUUUUGAAGAGCAGUGUGUGGAGAAAUACUUCCAUGAGAAGACGGAAAAUCUGAACUGCAGUUGUGAGGCACGAGUCCGAGUGACAUCAGAAAGGGUUACAGAGAUGUACUUCCAGAUGAAAGAAAUGAAUGAAAAAGUGUCUUUUAUAAAGGACUCCUUAAUGUCUUUGGACAGCCAGGUGGGGCACCUGCAGGACCUCUCCGCCCUGACUGUGGAUACCCUAAAAGUCCUUUCUGCUGUUGACACCUUGCAAGAAGAUGAGGCUCUCCUGGCCAACAGAAAACAUUCUACUUGCAGAAAACUCCCCCACAGCUGGAGCAAUAUCAUCUGUGCAGAGGUUCUAGGCAGCAUGGAGAUGUCUGGGAAGAAGAAAUACCAGUAUUACAGCAUGCCCCCUUCUUUGCUGAGGAGCCUGGCCAGAGGCCAGCACCCCCUGAGGGUGCAGAGGGGGGCGCUUCCUGAGAUUACAUGUAGUCAGAGAGAGGCAUCGAAUGUAAGAGGUGACCAGGAAGAGCAAGAAACAGAAAACAGGAGGGUUGCUCUUGGGGUGUCUCCUAACAGACAAGCACAUUCAAAGUAUGGCCAAUUUCUCCCAGUCCCUUCUAGUCUAAAGCAAGUUCCUUUUCCUGUAGAAACUGUUUUGCCUCUGUCCAGACCACCUGUGGAAGGAGGUACAGGUGUGCUGGUGGCUGAACAGGUCAUGCACAGCGAGGUUCCUGUUCACCUGACUUGGCAGACCCCCAGUGUCGCAGGCCAGGUGUCAGUGGCUGAGUCGGUGGAGCAGCACCAGCCGAUCGCUCAGAUACCAGACAAGCCAAGCACGGAGGAGCGAGCUCUUCCCGCUUUGUGUUGCACCCCUGCACCCCUGACAGCGACUUCCCUUCCUUCCCAAAUCAAGAGCAUGCGCACUGGAGGUGGAUAUGUGAAUUGGGCGUUUUCAGAAGGCGAUGAAACCGGUGUGUUUAGCAUCAAGAAAAAAUGGCAAACCUGCUUGCCCUCCGCUUGCAACAGCGACCUCACUCAGAGUGAACGGUGCCAGUCUCAGAGCCAGCGCAGCUCCCUGUCUGAUAAUUCUUCAACAAGAUUGGUCCCUAGUAGCGAGUGCUCAAAGGUGGGACCGUGGCUCCAGCUAAACACACCCUUUUGGAUCAGUUCUCUCCACGGAGACAGGCCUUUCACUAGGAGCCAUAGCUUUAGAUUCCACAAGGAGGAGAAAUUGGUGAAGAGCUCUAAGAUGAAAAAUCUUUCAAGAUCCUCAGAAAUAGGGCAGUCAGCUUGGAGCACAGCAAAGAUGCUAGCCAAAGACAGGAGAUUGUCAAAGAAAAGGAAGCACACACAAGGACUACAGGUGCCAAUCAUAACAAUCAAUGCCUGCUGUCAAAGUGAUCAAUCAAAUCCAGAGCAAGGAGAAAAUGAUAUCUCAGAAGAGGAGGAGUGCAACAGAAACUGGCUUACGGGAUCCAAAUUUAGUCAGAUAAAUCUGGAACAUUAUUUAUACCAGAAAAUGAAAACUAAAGAAAUUGAUCAACAGGCUACACAAGUCAGUGAUUACCUAAAGCAGUCUCAAGAGGACCUGAGUGAAGACUCUUCUUCGUGGAGUUCCCGGACCACGGACCUCAAUAGGAACUCCUUGUUGAGAAGUUCAAAUGGAAUUGACAAGAUCUCAGCCUCCUUAAAAAGCCCUCAAGAGCCCCACCAUCAUUAUUCAGCCAUUGAAAGGAAUAAUUUAAUGAGGCUCUCUCAGACCAUACCAUUUACGCCAAUCCAACUGUUUGCAGGAGAAGAAAUAACUAUCUACAGGCUGGAGGAGAGUUCCCCUUUGAACCUUGAUAAAAGCAUGUCCUCUUGGUCCCAGCAUGGGAGAGCUGCAAUGAUCCAGGUGCUGUCCCGAGAGGAGAUGGACGGUGGCCUCCGCAAAGCCAUGAGAGUCAUCAGCACGUGGUCUGAGGAUGACGUUCUCAAGCCAGGACAGGUUUUCAUUGUGAAGUCCUUUCUGCCUGAGGUUGUGCAGAUGUGGCGUAAAAUCUUCCAGGAGAGUACUGUGCUUCAUCUUUGCCUCAGGGAAAUUCAACAACAAAGAGCUGCUCAAAAACUGAUCUAUACCUUCAACCAAGUAAAGCCACAAACUAUUCCCUACAUGCCAAGGUUCCUGGAAGUUUUCUUAAUCUACUGCCAUUCAGCCAACCAAUGGUUGACCAUUGAGAAGUAUAUGACAGGGGAGUUCCGGAAGUACAACAACAACAAUGGUGAUGAAAUCACCCCCAGCACCACCCUGGAGGAGCUGAUGUUGGCUUUCUCUCACUGGACCUAUGAGUAUACUCGGGGAGAGCUUCUGGUUUUAGAUUUGCAAGGCGUUGGAGAAAAUUUGACAGAUCCAUCUGUUAUAAAACCUGAAGACAAACAAUCAAGAGGAAUGGUGUUUGGACCAGCCAAUUUGGGGGAAGAUGCAAUUAGAAACUUCAUUGCAAAACAUCGUUGCAACUCCUGCUGCCGGAAGCUCAAACUCCCGGAUUUAAAAAGAAACGACUAUUCCCCUGGAAGGAUAAACUCCACCUUUGGACUCGAGGUCAAAGUAGAACCAGUGGAGGGACAUCCAGCAAGGGAGAGGGCUAGAAAUUCCCCAGAAGAUCUUACACGACUGUGAAAAGGGGAGAAGCAAGCCGGCCACGUGCUGGCCCCUCCUGCCAUGAGCUCUAUGGUGACGGCGAUCAGUUGACACAACCGUGAUGAGUCACGUCUGAGCCUCCGUAUGGGACAUGCCUUCCGAGCCUCUCUCUGCACAUGACCAAGGCAUCCCUGGUGUACGAUGGUUGGGUUCUCCUAGGUAUCGACCUCUGCACUGGGCACUUUGCAUCUCCAUCCUCAAGUUCCUCGGGAAGACACUUGGACGAGUCAGCCGGGAAUGCUGUUCCUUUAUACCUCAUUGCUUUAGCUGGUCGCUUGGAACCCUCGCAGCCCAUGCUGCACGCUGAAGCGUCAGGGGGAUGAGUUUAAUUUAUUUUCUCACUGCAUGUGCAGACAGCGCCCCUCCACUGCUAUUCAUCACCUCACCCCCAGACUGUAUUUAUGUCUAUAUGUGUACAAAAAAAAAAUUAUGUGACUUCCCCGCCUCUCCUCUGCACAGCAUAGGACUUUGAAUAGCAACAAUAGGGAAAACAAUGGAACGAGGGUGUCUUUGCACAGAUUGGAGCACACUCCCGCACAAGCUAACACAUAAAAAGUUAGUAUGCUGGUGAAAUCUAGAGGGGUUUGAGGUAUUGUCAGUGAAUCAUACGAUGCCUGAGCAUUUCAGGUUUUCCCUGAAAGAAAGGAAAAGGGAAAUCUAAAACAAAUGCCCUUGCAUCUUUUCCUUUUCCUUUUUCUUUUUUUUAAUAAGAGAACAAAGCUAUGAAAAACUGGAAAUUCUUAAGAGAGAGUUUCCCUUCCCUUAAGCUCAGGGAUAUUAUCGGUUAGAGUUGACUAAGUCAACCUUUAAAACACCACUUCCUUUUCCACAGUUGCAUAUAUAAUAUUGCGGGUUAAAUUACCCUAUGUCAGGAAGAUAUGAUUGCAGACUGAAAACAGGCUUCCCAGGUGUUUGCUUCCUUCCAGGUGCGGAGUUCCCAUGCCUUAAAGAGCGCUGUGUAUAUUUUAAAGUACUGCCUGAGAACAUGUUGCCAGUUUCCCAUGAAGAUCUCCCGGAAGCUACACUGAGUAGCAUGUUUGGGGGAUCAGUCGUCCCUCUGGCAUGCUGUGUGGGGGGGUUGCCCUACCUCUGAGCAAGCAUGAACUUUUCACACAAGGAGAGGUGGAGGGCUGGGAACCCUCUCCCCUCUCCUCCUGUAUCUGUCUCACUCUCUCUCUCAUUUUUUUUCCUUUAUUAUAAGGUGCUCCAAUCUACCAGCAGCAAACCUCCUAGGCUUGAAAAUUUUCAACUGAACCGUUAUCUUUGGUCCUUAUGUUGGCUGAAUUGCUGCUAAACCUGCUCUUAUAAUCUACACUCCUGCGUUCUUCGCUUAUGCUUUGGAGGAAAUGUUGCUUAGGGCGAUGGAAAACCAAAAAUUUAGUUUGCCAAUGAUUGUGUCUGAUUCUUGUAAGUUUGAGUUACCCAAGGGCUAAUUUUUUGAUUGGCAAUGAGGAUAAAAUUGUUAAUACUUUUGGGGGACUUAACAACUUUAUCCUUUUCUGUGAAUCAGUAAGGAAUCACUUGGUACUCAUCUCAGUGCUGCGUUCAGCUAUGGGAAGAGGCAGAGUUUGCCUAUCCAAGGGUUGAACUAAAGGCAUCAGUUCAUUGGUCAAUUAUUUGUUACCUGCAAUGGAACUUGAAAGCAAAUACAUUUUGAUUUCAAAUUUCUGUGGUGUGCUGUUUUGUUUUGUUUUAAGAAAAAUCAACAAAGUAGUAUUUUUAAAAGGCAAAUUGCUGGGCAAAAGUCACUGUGGGAUUGCUGGCAUGCAUAAAGUGAUGUGAUAUUCUUGGCUUUAAGUGAUUGUGACCACAAAAGGAUGGAGUAUUCUUUUAUUCAGUCAAUUUUAUUCAAUAGAUAUUUAUUAAGUGCCUUCUCCAUACUUGAUUAGUGAUGAGGAUGCAGUGGUGAACGUAGCAUUUCUUUGCCCUCAAAAAGCUCUGUCUCAUGUUUCUUUUUGCUUGUUUUUUGUUCCACGUUUGGAUUUCUAGUUAAUGCUAAAAACAGAAAAAUUUGACUUAUGGCCAGAUGUCGAAUCCAGAGAUGUGACCCAUACCCUAUCUGUCAGUGGGCAGUACUGGGAUAAGAGAAUUAGGGCAAAGGAGAAGACAUAGCUAGGGCUGUGGUUUUAGGAACCACCCAAGGAAAACAGAUUCCAUAAUCCUCAUCUGAACACAAAGCCUGGAUCACAGAUGGGAUCUGCCUCUGGGAACCAGAGAAGUAGCCGGGUUCCAGAGCCCUCUUCUGCAAGCAUCCAGGGCAUUGGAGUUUCUUUCCAAGAGGCUAUAUAGGGUCCUGGAGGGACUUCUGUCCUAUGCUGUCUUACAGCUUCUUAUAGCUCUGGGGAAUGGAAUUUCUUACCCUGUUAUUAUUUUCUGUGGAUUUUCAAAACAAGUACUAGGGGAUGGCUAAGAAUCCCUAACAAUCAAUCAUUGAGUCAAGGCUUUGAAAAAAAAAACCGUUUUUUUGGUGGUGGUUGUUUGUUACUGUUGUUUUAGAUGAGACUGAUGGUUCUGGUUCUACAAGUCAUGGCACAGAUGCGCUUGUUAUGUCUUCUUGUCCUUCUCAACUGGUCACCAACAUCUAGCACAAAUCAAGGCACCCAAUAUGCUUUCGAUAAUAUUUGUUGAAAGAAAUAAUAAAACUUUCAAAUGCUAGUGGAUUUCAUUCAGUAGGUAAUAAAUCAGAUUUGCAUUUUUAAUCUAGAAGGAAAUGAUUACCAAUUCCUUAAGACCCAACACAAUUCUUUUGAUCUCUCUCUGUUUUAAUUUUCUGGGAAAUAGCUUUUAACAACCUACACCUUGUCUAUUGAAUUCUCACCCAGUUCUUGCCCUUAUCACCAUUGGUGAUAACGCCAGAGUGCAGUCCUUUACUGGUGACUAUUGAAAUGAGAUGAUAACUUCCCAGAAACGGCCUAGAAAUAAUCAUCACUUUAUUACCCUUUGAAAAGAAGAUUGAUAGAAAAGUCAUUUGAAAGAUGGUUCAUUACCAUGCCCUAGUAUGAUUUCUUUACUCACAUCUCUCCAAAGCAUGAGAAAGGGAGGAUUAUUCUCUGAGGUCGGAAUUUGAAGGCUGUGUGUUUACCUCUUUGAAGUCUUGGUAUUUAAUUUUCUGUAGUCAUUUCUUGGGCAAUUUUCUAAGAAACUGGUUGAAGCUAAUUUAUCAUAAGUUAAAGUCAAAUGACAGAAAAGAUUUUUCCCCUUUAACAGCAUUUUAUUCCACAGAGGUUAGCUUCUGAAGGAAAAUGAGACUUAAAUAGCAUUUCAAAUCUCCAGCCACAUGGGUGGGUACACAGAAUAGAAAGGAUUCUAGAAACCACACUGAUUUUUUUAUUUGGCACGGUUAUUAUUUUGUGACUUUUCUUUCUAGACCAUGAUGUACAGAUAAAAUACUGUGUUUUUGUGAAACACUCUCUUAAAAAUAAUUAGGUAAGUUGCUUAAUUUUUCAAAGAAAGACGUUUAGUUCUCAAGGGAUAACAAGCCUUGGUCUCUAUCAUUCACAGGCUUUUAAUAUAACUUUAUAUAAUUCAUUUAACCUUUCUGUUAACCCUAAUGCUGAAACAGAGAUGAAGAUACUUACCUUUUCAAAUGAAGGUGAAUGAUAAUGAGAAAACAUUUAUAAAGUUCUUUGAGAAUCUCAUUUAAAAAAGGCUUCUUGCGAGCAUGGUAUCCAGUUCAAUAAAUAAUAAGGGAUUUUCAUUUUUGAUAUUAUGUGAUCAUUAUUUAAUGUUUACAGAGGAUGCUCAGUGGACCUAUUUCAGUAUAAACACAAAAAUGAUUUCUGUUAUUUCUUCCUUCCUAAGGGGAAAAAGCUCAUUGCUCCUUUUUUGUUUUAAAACUUAAUUAAAUAGUUCAAAAUUAGGAAACUCGCCAUUUCACAGUAUGUCUUAUUUAUUUUGCUUUUUGAUGGAUUUAAGUUUAUCCAGUUAAUUUCUUUUGCCAUCCUUUGCCCAAAGAAAGCCUUGCAGGAGGAAAGGUAAAAUCCCAAAGCUGAUACCAUCAUGGGUGACAUUUUUGGGUAUGAUAAAAGAGUGGGUUUAGAAUCUUGAUGCUUGUAAAACUUGAAGUUUUAAAAAAAUUUUUAAUUAAUAAUGAUUUACAUUUUGUCAGUAUAGGGCUUAGUAAUAAGAAC